UGUUGUUGUUUUUUGCAGAUUGCAGGAACAUGCGUCAUGGCUGUUGGACUCUGGCUGAGGCUUGAUCCCAAGACUAAAAUCUUGUUUGAUGGAGAGGCAUCUUUCAUUUUCUAUACAGGUUUGUACAUUCUCAUUGGGGUCGGUGCGCUGAUUAUGGUCGUUGGUUUUUUGGAUGUUGUGGCGCAAUCCAGGAAUCCCUUGCUUGCUUGGACUGUUCUUCUUCUUUCUGUUGGUUAUCUUUGCAGUCGAGGUGGCUGCUGGUAUUUGGGCUUUUCAAACCAGACCAAGGUUACUCAAGAUGUAACAAAUUUCUACAAGGCAACAUACAAUAAAUACCAAGAAACGAAUGAAGAUGCUCUGAAAGAAACAAUCAUUCUCAUCCAUCAUGGACUUAACUGCUGUGGACCAUUAGGAAACCAGCCGGAAACUCCUGAUCAGACCUGCCCUAAAAAAGAGAAGCUCGAUGCUUUCAUUACAAAGAGCUGCCCUGAUGCCAUUGAUGAAUUCCUUAACUCCAAACUUUAUAUUACUGGAAGCAUUGGAAUCGGCAUUGGAGUGAUCAUGCUCUUCGGCAUGAUCUUUAGCAUGAUGCUGUGCUGUGCCAUCCGGAAAACCCGGGAGAUUGUGUGAGGGUCCGCUUGCCUGGGAAACUGCCAGUAUAUUUGUGUUGCAUGAUGUCUGUCCCAAAGCAGCCUGACUGCUUCAGCUAAGAGCCAGUUAGACCACAUCAUCAGGCACACAAUCUCUUCACAACUCUGAUCGACUGGAAUUCACUCUUUUUCUUAGUGCAGCUGUCAGUAAUGAGAGAAAAGGGUUGGUUUAGCAUUCCAAGCCCAUUGGAAAAGGCCUUUAAAUCUGUCUUUUUAUAUUUUUUUAUUGUUCAUAAUAGAUUUGAAAGAUUAACGAUUUGUUCGCUUUAAUGUACUUGCGGUACUGCUUGAUAUGAUUUUUUUUUUAAUGUUUUG